AUGGAAACUGUUAACCAAGUCUCCAACCUACCUAUAACACCCACGAGGUUACAAGAUGUGAGAGACCAUACUGCUGCUGACAGUGGUUUCCAAUCUCUAAUUCGAGUGAUUCAGGAAGGAUGGCCUGAACGUAAGGAAAACUUACCCAGGGCAGUGGUACCCUACUUCAACCUAAGAGAUGAGCUGACAACUGAAGAUGGCGUUAUUCUCAAAGGUCAGCAAAUUGUCAUACCUCAAUCUCUAAGGGCAGAUAUGCUACAUCGUAUCCACUCAUCACAUGUGGGUAUUGAAGGAUGUUGCCGUAGAGCUCGAGAUUGUGUCUACUGGCCAGGGAUGAGUGCUGCCGUUAAGGACUUCAUUGAGAAGUGUGACAUAUGUUGUUCCUAUGCAAGCAAGCAGCCAAAGGAAACCUUACAUCCGCAUGUAAUCCCUGACAGACCAUGGGCGAAGGUAGGCAGUGAUGUGUUUACAUUUGAUGGCAAUGACUAUUUAGUCACAGUGGAUUACUACUCCAAUUUCUGGGAACUAGACUACCUGGAAAAUACAACCAGUUCUACCAUAAUCCGUAAACUGAAAGCCCAGUUUGCCAGACACGGAAUCCCAGAAAUCUUUAUGUCCGAUAAUGCAUCCUACUACACAUCGGAAGAGUUUCACAAGUUCAGCCGAAAAUGGGAUUUCCAGAUGAAAACGUCCUCUCCAGGUUUCCCACAGAGUAAUGGUAAGGCUGAAAAUGCAGUGAAAACAGCUAAGUCCCUGAUGCGGAAGGCAAAAGCGUCCAGGACUGACCCAUAUUUGGCAAUUCUUGACUUCCGCAACACCCCGACACAAGGUGUCGACGCUAGUCCUGUCCAAAGACAUGAGCCGUAG